UUUGGAAGGUAGCGCAAGUGCACCCAUAAGGGUUUGAAGCAGCGUCAAGCCAUUGCCCAAGGAAAAUACGAUUUACGACCAUUGCUAAAUCAAUUAUCAAUGAAAGGAAAGAGAGAAAAGAGUAAACCAUAUAAGAAGAAAUGAGCCUUUCAUUUUGUGGUAACAACAUUUCUUCAUAUAAUAUCUAUGAUGGUGUACUACAAAAUCCCUGCUUUGUGGAUGCCCUCAACCUGGUCCCUCAUGUCUUCCUGUUGUUUAUCACUUUCCCCAUAUUGUUUAUUGGGUGGGGGAGCCAAAGCUCAAAAGUACAAAUUCAUCACAACACGUGGCUUCAUUUUCCUGGACAUAACCUGAGAUGGAUUCUUACAUUCGCUCUUCUCUUUGUGCAUGUUUGUGAAAUAGCAGAAGGCAUUGUUUCAGAUUCGCGCCGGGAGUCGCGCCAUCUCCAUCUCUUCAUGCCGGCCGUGAUGGGAUUCGUUGCCACUACGACAUCAAUAGUAUAUUAUCAUAAUAUUGAAACAUCAAAUUUUCCUAAAUUACUUCUAGCCUUGUUCCUGUAUUGGGUGAUGGCCUUUAUUACAAAGACAAUAAAAUUGGUUAAGUACUGGCAGUCUGGUUGGGGAGUAUCAGACCUGCGUUUCUGCAUCACAGGCAUGAUGGUCAUCUUGAAUGGGCUCCUGAUGGCUGUGGAGGUCAAUGUCAUUCGGGUCAGGAGAUAUGUGUUCUUCAUGAAUCCCCAGAAAGUAAAGCCUCCUGAAGACCUCCAAGAUCUGGGUGUGAGAUUUCUUCAGCCGUUUGUGAAUUUACUGUCAAAAGCAACAUACUGGUGGAUGAACACACUUAUCAUAUCUGCUCAUAAAAAGCCUAUUGAUUUAAAGGCAAUUGGAAAGUUGCCAAUAGCAAUGAGGGCAGUAACAAAUUAUGUUUGCCUGAAAGAUGCAUAUGAAGAACAAAAGAUUUCAGAAACCCUCUCAUCAAAGGAAUUUCUUGAAAAUGCUUAUGUUCUAGCAGUUCUUCUCUUCUUGGCUCUUAUUCUGCAAAGAACUUUUUUGCAGGCUUCCUACUAUGUAACCAUAGAGACUGGCAUUAACCUCCGCGGAGCUCUGCUGGCCAUGAUAUACAAUAAAAUUCUUAGGCUGUCUACGUCUAACUUAUCCAUGGGUGAGAUGACCCUGGGACAGAUCAACAACUUGGUUGCCAUUGAAACCAAUCAACUCAUGUGGUUCUUGUUCCUGUGUCCCAAUCUAUGGGCUAUGCCUGUUCAGAUCAUAAUGGGAGUGAUUCUGCUCUAUAAUUUACUUGGAUCAAGUGCAUUGGUUGGUGCAGCUGUCAUUGUGCUCCUUGCGCCAAUUCAGUACUUCAUCGCUACGAAGUUGGCAGAAGCUCAGAAGAGCACUCUCGAUUAUUCCACUGAGAGACUGAAGAAAACAAAUGAAAUAUUGAAAGGCAUCAAACUUCUAAAGUUGUAUGCCUGGGAGCACAUUUUCUGCAAAAGCGUGGAGGAAACAAGAAUGAAAGAACUAUCCAGUCUCAAAACCUUUGCACUUUAUACAUCACUCUCCAUCUUCAUGAACGCAGCAAUUCCCAUAGCAGCCGUGCUUGCUACGUUUGUAACCCACGCAUAUGCCAGCGGGAACAAUCUGAAACCUGCCGAGGCCUUUGCUUCACUGUCUCUCUUUCAUAUCCUGGUCACACCACUGUUCCUGCUCUCCACAGUGGUCAGAUUUGCAGUCAAAGCCAUCAUAAGUGUUCAAAAGCUGAAUGAGUUUCUCUUGAGUGAUGAGAUUGGUGACGACAGUUGGCGAACUGGUGAAGGUUCUCUUCCUUUUGAGUCCUGUAAGAAACACACCGGAGUUCAGCCAAAAACUAUAAACAGGAAGCAGCCUGGAAGAUAUCACCUGGACAGCUAUGAGCAAUCAACACGACGUCUGCGUCCCGCAGAGACAGAGGAUAUUGCAAUAAAGGUCACAAAUGGAUACUUUUCAUGGGGCAGUGGUUUAGCUACGUUAUCCAAUAUAAAUAUUCAAAUUCCAACAGGUCAGUUAACCAUGAUUGUGGGCCAAGUAGGAUGUGGGAAGUCUUCUCUUCUCCUGGCCAUCCUUGGUGAGAUGCAGACGCUGGAAGGAAAAGUUCACUGGAGCAAUAGAAACAGGUAUUCUGUGGCUUAUGCAGCUCAGAAGCCUUGGUUAUUAAAUGCUACAGUAGAAGAAAAUAUUACCUUUGGAAGCCCUUUCAACAAACAGAGGUACAAAGCUGUGACAGAUGCCUGUUCUCUUCAGCCAGAUAUUGACUUAUUACCAUUUGGAGACCAAACUGAAAUUGGAGAGAGAGGCAUCAACCUGAGUGGGGGGCAGAGGCAGAGAAUCUGUGUGGCACGAGCUCUUUAUCAAAACACCAACAUUGUCUUCUUGGAUGAUCCAUUCUCUGCCCUGGACAUCCACUUGAGUGAUCACUUAAUGCAGGAAGGGAUUUUGAAAUUUCUACAAGAUGACAAAAGGACACUCGUUCUUGUGACUCACAAAUUACAAUAUCUGACACAUGCUGACUGGAUCAUAGCCAUGAAAGAUGGAAGUGUACUAAGAGAAGGGACUUUGAAGGACAUUCAAACCAAAGAUGUUGAGCUUUAUGAACACUGGAAAACACUUAUGAAUCGGCAGGAUCAAGAAUUAGAAAAGGAUAUGGAAGCUGACCAAACAACUUUAGAGAGAAAAACUCUCCGAAGAGCCAUGUAUUCAAGAGAGGCCAAAGCCCAAAUGGAGGAUGAAGACGAAGAGGAGGAAGAGGAGGAAGAUGAAGAUGAUGAUAUGUCCACUGUAAUGAGGCUCAGGACUAAAAUGCCAUGGAAAACCUGUUGGCGAUACCUCACUUCUGGAGGAUUCUUCUUGCUCUUCCUAAUGAUGUUCUCUAAGCUUUUGAAGCAUUCAGUCAUCGUAGCUAUAGACUAUUGGCUGGCCACAUGGACGUCAGAGUACAAUAUAAACAAUACUGGAAAAGCUGAUCAGACCUUCUAUGUGGCUGUAUUUAGCAUGCUUUGUGGAGCAGGUAUUUUCCUUUGCCUUGUUACAUCGCUCACUGUAGAAUGGAUGGGUCUCACAGCUGCUAAAAAUCUUCACCACAAUCUCCUCAAUAAGAUAAUUCUUGGACCAAUAAGGUUCUUUGAUACCACACCCCUGGGACUGAUUCUCAAUCGCUUUUCAGCUGAUACUAAUAUCAUUGAUCAGCACAUCCCUCCGACGUUGGAAUCUCUAACUCGGUCCACACUUCUCUGCCUGUCGGCCAUCGGGAUGAUUUCUUAUGCUACUCAUGUGUUCCUGGUUGCUCUUGUGCCUCUUGGGGUUGCCUUUUAUUUUAUCCAGAAAUACUUCCGAGUUGCCUCUAAGGACCUCCAGGAACUCGAUGACAGUACCCAGCUCCCUCUGCUUUGCCACUUCUCAGAAACAGCCGAAGGACUCACCACCAUUCGGGCCUUUAGGCAUGAAACCAGAUUUAAGCAACGUAUGCUGGAACUGACGGACACAAACAACAUUGCCUACUUAUUUCUCUCAGCUGCCAACAGAUGGCUGGAGGUUAGGACGGAUUAUCUGGGAGCUUGCAUUGUCCUCACUGCAUCGAUUGCAUCCAUUAGUGGGUCUUCCAAUUCUGGAUUGGUGGGCUUGGGUCUUCUGUAUGCACUGACGAUAACCAAUUAUUUAAAUUGGGUUGUGAGGAACUUGGCUGACCUGGAGGUCCAGAUGGGUGCAGUGAAGAAAGUGAACAGUUUUUUGACUAUGGAGUCUGAGAACUAUGAAGGCACUAUGGAUCCUUCACAAGUUCCAGAACACUGGCCACAGGAAGGGGAGAUUAAGAUUCACGAUCUGUGUGUCAGAUAUGAAAAUAAUCUGAAACCUGUUCUUAAACAUGUCAAGGCUUACAUCAAACCUGGGCAGAAGGUGGGCAUAUGUGGUCGCACUGGCAGUGGGAAGUCAUCCUUAUCUCUGGCUUUCUUCAGAAUGGUUGAUAUUUUUGAUGGAAAGAUUGUCAUUGAUGGGAUAGACAUUUCUAAAUUACCACUGCACACACUACGUUCUAGGCUUUCUAUCAUUCUGCAGGAUCCAAUACUGUUCAGCGGUUCUAUUAGAUUUAAUUUAGAUCCAGAGUGCAAAUGCACAGAUGACAGACUAUGGGAGGCUCUAGAAAUUGCUCAAUUGAAGAAUAUGGUCAAAUCUCUACCAGGAGGUCUAGCUCAAGAAAACAUUUUGCAGAAAGUGGUAAUGACAGCCUUUGCAGACCGCACCGUUGUUACAAUAGCUCAUCGGGUUCACACUAUUUUGACGGCAGACCUGGUUAUUGUGAUGAAGCGAGGAAAUAUUUUAGAAUAUGACACCCCAGAAAGCCUCUUGGCUCGGGAAGAUGGAAUAUUUGCUUCUUUUGUUCGCGCAGACAUGUGAAGGGGCAUCUUAAAAAUGAUACAUGUAUUUAAAAUAAUGCAGUUUUAACCUACUUAUUGGAUCAUCAGCUUGAACUUUGUAAAGUGGCAGCUUAAACUUUACAGAUUUUUGCACAAGAAAAGAAGUUUAUAUUUCUUUUUUCUGUUUUUAAAGGUAUUACUGCUGAUAUGUUCAUUACUGAUUUUCUAAUGAUUAAGCCACUUUACCUUUAAGAAUAGCAGUUGUAUUAAAACAUGUUAGCUACUUUAAGUAGUAAAUCAACAGCUUAUGUUUUCUCAUAACUUUAAGUCUGGUAAACUUCUCUCAGGCAUAGAAGUUGCAAUGAGUAGUCAGCAUUAUUACACUCUUAUUUGUAAGAAUAUAUUUUUCUUGUUGGAGUCUCCAAAUGCCGUCGGAAGAGAAUAAAAGAAGGCUGUGUUUUCUAAUGAAAC